CAUCCAUCCGCACCCCUCGCAAUCCUCCCAGUCCAUGCCCACGCACCCGCAUCCCUCUCUAAUCCGCCGCCGCCGCAGCAGCCAUGUCUGGUUGGGACGAGGGCGCCGUGUUCUACAGCGACCAGGCGCAGUUCCCCCGCGGCGGCCCCGGCGGCGAUCCAGCCGCCGACCUCACCCGCCACUCCGCUCUCCGCAAGUUCAAAGAGUUCCUCCGCGGUUUCACCGGCCCCACCGGCGACUUCCCCUACCGUGAGAGCCUAGUACACAACCGCGACCAUGUCAACGUCGCCAUCGAGGACCUCGACGCCUUCGACGCCGAGCUAUCUGACAAGAUCCGCAAGUCGCCCGCCGAUUAUAUUCCGUUGUUUGAGACGGCCGCGUCCGAGGUUCUCGCCAGCCUCCGUUCGAAGGUCGCCGGUGAGACCGGGGAGAUGGAGGAGCCCGUCACCGGAGAUGUCCAGAUCUUCCUCUCCUCCAAGGAGAACUGCCUGUCCAUGAGAUCUAUUGGGGCGGAUUACAUGUCAAAGUUGGUUAAGAUUGCGGGAAUUGCAAUUGCAGCAUCGAGAGUGAAAGCCAAGGCCACUCAUGUAACUCUUCUCUGCAAAAACUGCCGGAGCGUGAGGACAGUGGCUUGCAGGCCAGGCCUUGGCGGAGCUAUUGUGCCACGAUCGUGUGAUCAUGUUCCUCAGCCUGGAGAAGAGCCUUGCCCUCUGGACCCCUGGAUUGCAGUCCCUGAUAAGAGCAAGUAUGUGGAUCUCCAGACCCUCAAGAUGCAAGAGAAUCCUGAGGAUGUUCCAACUGGUGAGCUUCCUAGGAACGUGCUACUUUCUGUAGAUAGGCACCUUGUUCAGACCAUUGUUCCAGGGACUAGAUUAACUGUUGUUGGCAUCUACAGCGUCUACCAAGCAUCUGCUAACCAGAAGAGUGCUGUUGGUGUUAAACAGCCUUACAUUAGAGUUGUUGGUUUGGAGCAAUCUAGAGACAACAACUCGAAUGGCCCCUCAAAUUUCACUCUUGAUGAGGAAAUGGAAUUCAAAGAAUUUGCACAGAGGCCAGAUGCAUAUGCCAAGCUUUGCUCAAUGAUUGGCCCUUCAAUUUAUGGCCAUUCUGAUGUCAAGAAAGCUAUUGCAUGCUUGUUAUUUGGGGGAUCUAAGAAGAGGCUACCUGAUGGUGUCCGAUUGAGAGGGGACAUUCAUGUCUUGCUUCUCGGUGAUCCAUCCACAGCAAAAUCACAGUUCCUCAAAUUUGUAGAGAAGACAGCUCCUAUUGCAGUCUAUACAUCUGGAAAAGGUUCCUCUGCAGCUGGUCUUACGGCAUCUGUAACACGGGAUAGUAGCUCGCGUGAGUUUUAUUUGGAAGGAGGGGCCAUGGUUUUGGCUGAUGGUGGAGUUGUUUGUAUUGAUGAAUUUGACAAGAUGAGACCUGAAGACAGAGUUGCAAUUCAUGAAGCCAUGGAGCAGCAGACAAUAUCUAUCGCCAAGGCUGGUAUUACAACAGUACUCAAUUCAAGGACUUCAGUUCUUGCUGCUGCCAAUCCAAUUGCAGGACGCUACGACGAUCUUAAGACUGCACAAGAUAAUAUUGAUCUGCAGACGACCAUUCUUUCUAGAUUUGAUCUAAUCUUUAUUGUAAAAGAUAUCAGAAUGUAUGAUCAAGAUAAGCGUAUAGCGAACCACAUUAUCAAGGUGCAUGCCAGUGGUGCUGCUGCCUCAUCUAAGAACACAGAGGCAAGUGAAGGAGAGAAUUGGCUGAAAAGGUACAUUGAGUACUGCCGUGCUACUUGCAAGCCACGGCUUUCAGAAAAAGCAGCUGAGAUGCUGCAAAACAAAUAUGUUGAGAUUAGACAGAAAAUGAGACAGCAAGCUCAUGAGACAGGGAGGGCCGCAGCGAUUCCCAUCACGGUGAGGCAGCUUGAAGCCAUCAUACGUUUGAGUGAAUCUCUUGCAAAGAUGAGAUUGACAAGCGUGGCUACACCAGAGCAUGUUGAAGAGGCAUUCAGACUAUUCAAUGUCUCCACAGUUGACGCCGCAAGAUCUGGAAUCAACGAGCAUUUGAACUUGUCACCAGAGAUUGCAAACGAAAUCAAGCAAGCGGAGGCACAAAUAAAGAGAAGAAUGGGCAUUGGAAGCCACAUAUCUGAGCGGCGGCUGAUUGAUGAACUAACUAGGAUGGGAAUGAAUGAAUCCAUUAUCAGAAGAGCCCUUCUGAUCAUGCACCAAAGGGACGAGGUGGAGUACAAGAGAGAGCGCCAUGUGAUCGUCCGUAAGGCUUGAUCUUGAUGUGGGUGGAGAAUACAUAUCAAUGACAUUGGAGGCGUCCUCUCCACAGCUGUGUGUAUACCGUCAAUGGAACUGCAACCCCUUCCCGGAGGACGAGGCACGCAGGCUCUAGCUUAUCUCUGACUGGAAUACUGUGAUCUCCACAAGAAUGGAUGAAUUUCUUGCAUCGUAGAGAUAGCCAGAUGUGUAGCUGUACCACAAUAGUCUGUUGCUGUGAUCCUAAAUUAUCCAGUGUGAUCAUGUAGGCUUAGCUUUGGAACCAAAGUUCUAAACCUGUACUACUUACUCUAACUCAAUUCAUGGAUGCAAAAGUUGUUUUUUCUGCA